AGUCGGCUGCAGCGAAAGAAAAGGGCACAAGAGAUCGUCGAGGAGAGGGAGGCAGAGAAGGCGAAGGAAGGGUUGAGGCAGCGAGAAGGUAAAUAGGGAGAAGAUGGAAGGGCAAGAAGGUAGUCAGCAGCCGCACCUGGCUCUCGCCCACAAGCUCUUCCUCCUCGCCCACCCCGACGUCGACGACAUCGACAAGGUUCGCCUCCGCGAUGAGGUCUUCCACGCCGUCAUGGAUCACGACAUGGCCCCGCUCUACGAGUCGCUCGCCGCCAGAUCGGUGCUGGAAAUGGACACCGGGGUUCUCGAUUCGAUGCGGAGGAGGAUCGAGGACGAGCUCAAGAAGCUCGACGAGAAGAUUGCUGAUGCUGAAGAAAAUCUAGGAGAAAGUGAAGUCCGUGAAGCUCAUCUGGCUAAGUCCUUGUUGUACAUUCGGAUCGGUGAUAAGGAAAAGGCAUUGGAGCAGCUCAAAAUAACUGAAGGGAAAACAGUUGCUGUGGGUCAAAAGAUGGACUUGGUCUUCUACACAUUACAGCUUGGAUUAUUUUACAUGGACUUUGAUCUCAUUUCCAAAUCAAUUGACAAGGCUAAGAACUUGUUUGAGGAGGGAGGUGACUGGGAGAGGAAGAACCGUUUAAAAGUAUAUGAAGGCCUAUACUGCAUGGCCACCAGGAAUUUUAAGAAAGCAGCAAAUUUAUUUUUGGAUUCCAUAUCGACCUUUACGACUUAUGAACUCUUUUCUUACGAUACAUUCAUCUUCUACACUGUUCUCACAAGCGUUAUAUCACUGGAUAGAGUCUCACUUAAGCAAAAGGUGGUGGACGCACCAGAAAUCCUUGCUGUAAUCGGCAAAAUUCCUUAUCUGUCCGAGUUUCUUAACUCCCUUUAUAGCUGCCAGUACAAGUCAUUUUUCUCGGCAUUCUCUGGCUUGACUGAGCAGAUAAAGUUAGAUCGCUAUCUACAACCUCAUUUUCGGUACUACAUGAGGGAAGUUCGCACUGUUGUUUAUUCUCAGUUCCUUGAGUCCUACAAAAGUGUAACUAUGCAAGCAAUGGCGACAGCAUUUGGAGUAUCUGUGGAUUUUAUAGAUCUGGAAUUGUCUCGUUUCAUAGCAGCUGGGAAACUUCAUUGCAAGAUUGACAAAGUUGCUGGUGUUCUCGAAACUAACCGACCUGAUGCCAAAAAUGCUCUGUAUCAAGCCACUAUCAAGCAAGGGGAUUUCUUAUUGAACCGAAUCCAGAAGCUUUCCCGUGUGAUAGAUUUGUAAACUAGGUAUUUGGCUUCAAAUGUAUACCUAGUUUAGGCUUUUCGUUGCAACUCCAGUCUCAUUCAUUCAAUAGAACUGUUUUUCACCAGUCCACCCAUUUCGGAGAUUGUUAUCCCCUGAGAUUCUUUUGCUGAAGAAUGCGGUAUUGCCUGUGACCGUAUGAGAACUGUAUUAGCUGGUAUAUUUCUGCUUGAGCUUGAAGGUUUGUUGCAGAGCUUCUCUUUGUGUUAU